GGCGUUUGUCCGGAGAUGUGGCUCCUCGUCCCCGCCGCGUCCUCGCCGUCCCCGGGCCGUGUUUGUGGACCUCCUUCGCCUCUGCUCGUCCUCUGGUGUUUGGAUUUUAAUGCCUGAGUUAAUCUUCUUUCUUCUGGCGCUACUCUCGGGUAGUUUGCGGGGUUUUCUUUGGUUUUGCGCCGAGCGGUUACGCAGGACGGCUGGACAUAUCUGUGAGGUGUCCGUAGGUGCCCUCCCCCAGCCCCUCUCUGGAUGCUCCGGCCCCCUCUGCCCCGGGGCCCUGGACCCGGACUGUGACCCCCCCACACUGCGGCGCCGUCUCCCCGGGCUUGAGCUCUGCGCGCGGGGCGGGCCGUGCGCCCGAGCCCCCCGUCAGACCCGGGUUUCCGGGAGCGCCGGCCUCGGGCCCCCCUCCUCCGGACCGGGCCGAGGUGGGGGGCCCCGUCGCCAUGGUGACGUCGGGGGCCGUGAUGUCAGGGGGGGGCAUGGGCGUCACGACCCUGCACUACAAACCCUUCAGCUCACACGCACACUACCAGCAGGUGAUGUGCGCCGUGCGUAAGCUGCAGGAGAGCGGGUUCUACUGGGGAGCCGUGAGCGGACGGGACGCCGGUUCCCUUCUCCGCGCCGAACCUCCCGGGACUUUCCUCAUCCGCGAUUCCUCGGAUCACCACCACUUCUUCGCCCUCUCCGUCCAGACGCCGCGCGGGAUCAAAAACUUACGAAUCCACAGCACGGACGACGGGUUCUUCCUACAACGCGACCCGCUGAGCACCCACGAGCCGCCGCAUUUCGACUGCGUGCUCAAACUCAUCGCUCACUACAUGGGCAAAGGCAACGGAGGCGGCGGAGGAGUCGACGGUGCGAUUCCCGGGAAUGGGAGACACGUUUAUUUGAUACACAGCGGAGGGGAGAAGGUGCCGCUGGAGCUACGGCGCCCCCUAUGUGCGUCCAUGUCGUCACUGCAGCAUUUGUGUAGAAGAACUUUGAACAGUGCGAGUCUGGGGGCCAGGACGGAACGGCACGAGCAGAUUCCACACACGCUUAAAGACUUUAUGAACGAAUAUGACGCUCCGAUUUGACGGAAGGAGCGGGAAAAUAUCGAGAAAAGUCCGAUUUGGGAAGUGAAUGGAAAAUUAUCGAGCACAUUACUGUAAGUUCAUGAUGUGCGAAAAUGGGGAACGUUUUUGGGUCGACCACACCUACGAGAGUCACGAUUAAGAUUAAAUCGGGAAAAACGAAUCAUUAUCGUUAUUGUCGUGGUAUCGGAAUCGGUAUCGAGCCGAUUCCUUUGAUUGACAGGUGAAGGCGUUAGUAUCGGACAGAUCUUAAUCAAAACAAAAACUGAAAUUCAAGCCACGACAACCAACAUAUCCACAAACGAACAACAUUAAAGCCGCAUUACGUAACCAUUCUCCACGGAGAUACUAUUCCUUUGCUUGGAAUGUUCCACAGUACGGCAUUAACACCCAACCGUCCUCCAUUUCAUUCAUUAGAUUUGUUUUCGUUGCUCGGAAACACCUCUCAAAAACACGCGUUCUUACUGUCCGCGGGGGUCGCUUCUCUGCAGAUCUGACGCGUAACGUCGGCUGCGGGCGUCGUUCCGUAUUUGCGGAUAGACGCGUUUAAUGCCGUAAUGUGGAAAACUCCGGGGAAACGCAGAAACAUCUCCAUGGAGACGAGACCCUCCGCUGUAGAAGUUACGUAGUGGUGUCAUGGGUGAUGCGUCGGUUUUGAGCACAGCCAAUUAUAAUAAUAGUAUGGAUUAUUUUUCCCGUUUUUCCCGUUUUUUCCGUUUGCCGUAGUGUAUAUUCUGUGUCACGGGGAGCUGCCAAUGACCUCAUGUUUGUUAAACUUAUGAAAACACAUUUACGGCUGCUCCACCCAAACUGAAAACACUUCAUAUAUUAGUUUAGGAUUAGCCGAAUGAAUUCAAACUAUUAGCAGCCGUUUUGCUCCGUUUGUGGGUUUCUUAAAGAAUACGGCGGGUUUAAAGUCUCCGUACCUGAUUUUAGCGUCUUAAAAACAUAAAAAACAGUUUCACGGCGGUCCAAAGUUACUCCUCACUUACCUCGUGCAUUCCGAGCGUCCUAAAUAUUCACCAGGAUGAGUUUACAAGUGGUUUUCAGAGACCAGAGCGGAGUUUUGACCGUGAAGCUAACGACAGCUAGCAUGCUAACGCUUUACAAUUAGACGCAGCUUACGUAUUUUGACCUCGGGAGCUGUGUAUACAAUAUAUCUGUACUUCGGCAGGAUAUAUUUUGGUCAAAUACGAAUAAAUAAAUAAAAAUAAAAGAAAUAAAUCAGGUACAGGAUGUUUAAAACAACAAUGAAAUAAAUUUAAACUAGUUGAAGAGAAAAAUCGUAUUGUUAAGUUAAAAAGUAAAAUGUUUUUUGCAAAUUAACUUAUAUAGAAUGAAACGUAAGACUUCUUUGCUAGUUUGUCCCCCAAAAAACCCAACGCAAAUCUGUAUUACGCUAUGCUAACGAUCACUUUUAUGUGAUUAUUGUUAAGAUGACGCGCUAGGCUAACAAAACAAACGGAAACUAGAGGAAGAAAAGUCAAAUAUUUUUGCGAAUUAGUUUAUGUAGAAUGAAACGUGACGCUUCUUUGCUAAUUUGACCCCAAAAACCCAACGCAAAUCUGUGCUACGCUACGCUAACAAUCAUUUUUAUGUGAUUAUUACUAAGAUGACACGCUAGGCUAACAAAACACAACCAAUAUUUGAAAAAAAAAAACUCCAUUAGCUGUGACUUUUUAAAGAACAGCAUUCACUAAAUCCAUCUAUUCAUUCGUUGUCAUUGGAGCUGCCGUCUAACCAGGGUUUCCCAAACAUCCCUCACCCCAGACGCUUCCCCCAGCUCCAAAUCUGCCAGUUCGAUACUUGUCGUGACUCUGAACGUGUUUGUUUCGUGGUGUGGUCGACCCCCUGUGACCUUCCCGGGGUUUUUAAUUAACUUUUUCUAACACGCAGCAUGAUUUUAUCGAUACCUCGUCCGCGGAACAUGGCUGCUGCUAGCCCGUAAAAAAUAUAUACACGAAAAUGUAACGUAUCGAGGUCAAAGAUUUGAAUUUUGAUUUUGUUUUUACUCGUGACUGACUCUGACGCAGAGCUUCGCCUCGUAGAAGAUUAAACCGAUUUUAACGAUAACAGGAAAAGGCAGGAUCAAUAGUUUCCACUUAGGCCUGACACACAGAUUUAUGCGGAGAAACGGGGACACGCUAAGAGCCAAGCCGGGUUUUUUUACAACAACAUUUGGGGGGAAUAAUACCCGUAAAUACAACCACGUUAAAGCGUUUGAAAUAGCUUGGUUAAAUCGCUCUUUUACAGACGUAACGCUCGAUUUGUGACGGCGGUGGAGUUUUUACAUUCGCAGAAACAGUUCAGAUUAACCGUAGAAGAAGAGAGUGUUGAUUAGCAUUAGCAUAACUGGAUUUUUAGCGUUUUUUUUUGCAUUUUUAGCGUAGCGGUGGAAAAUAGCGGUCCUAAAAACGCGUUGAAAAGUAUUGAAAUUGGUUUGUUUUUUUAAUUAAAGUUACAUAAACAUCAGGAUAAACACGGAACAACUAUAUUUAAAUGAUUUGAGGAACAAUAAUAAACGACAACAUGUACGAAAAUACAAACAGGCUAAGAGUAAAAAAAAAAAAACACCAAAAAAACACAUGAUUUUUAUUUUUUAGAACUUGUCAUGUGAAUUUGGGUUUAAGUUUCCCAAAAAAAUUAAAAUAAAAAAAAUCAAAUAUAGCUACAGCAUUUAACAAAAAUUAAUAUUAUUACUUAUUAAAUCUUACUCUUAUUACUUAUUUUUAAAUGUCCCGUAUUACGCUGUUUUCUGAUCUGUUCUAAUGUGUUUUGUUUCAUUUCGCACAUUUUUAACACACAAUUCCUUCUCUCAAACUGAAAACGCUCUGUUCCACCUUGUGAUGUCAUCAAGUGGCGAUACAGGAAGUGCUCCGCUGUGUUUUUAAUCUCCACCUUCAUUUCUAGAAUCAUUUGGAUUUAAUUUCAGCGCAGGAAUUGCCCAUGUCAACUGAAUUAAAGGUUAAAAAAAAGGAGAUGUUAACGUGAAAACUCCCACUUGAUGACAUCAUGAGGUGGAACGCCGCGUUUUGAUCUUUGCAGAUGUUACGGACGAAUAAUAAAGUGCGACUCAAACGUGUGAGAAUGAAACAAAACACAACUCCAGUGUGUGUUUUUGAGAAGAAAACGACGGAUUAAAGUUCACGAGAGUCCGUUUUGUGUAAUGUCCGACCUUUAACCCCGUGGACGACUUUGUUUGAUUUGGCCACAGCCUCUUUGCUUUUUUCGUUAUCGUUGCAACAUCAAUUUUUGGAGUCGUUCUAUUUUUUUUUUCACAAUAUUUUCUUUUUAUUUCGACGUGGACACAAACCAGAGCCGAGACUUAAGCUCGUUACGACAUGUCAGCUCCAGACACACAGACGUCGCGCGUUCGUUUUUUUGCGUCGUCGAGCCCCUCGGGGAUCGCGUUACGAACAAACGCCGCUCUGAAAAAUAAUAAUAACCAAAUCUAAACGAGUGUCUCCGUGGAGAUGUUAGCGCUUGACCUGAAAUGUUCCACGGUAGGGCAUUAAUCUGCUCGAACUCAACCGAGACGAGCGGGUUAAAGGUCAGAUCUGGGUUUUUUUAAGGUCGUUUUUUAGCAACAAAAAAAACAAAACACACCUUUUAAUUUAAAAUAAAGCAGGAUAGAUAUGUGUAAUGCCCUAUUGUGGAAUGUUCCAGCAGGAGCAAAGCAAUAACGUCUCCACGGUAACAAGCAGAUGACGUAAUCGCGCCAGAAAAGCUACGUAGUGCAUUCUUUACGUAAAAAAAACAAACAAAACAUAUUGACGUAAACUCGUUAAAAUGGCGUAAAUCAAAGUUGAUAUUUUUGAAUCCUCGCUCGUUUAUGAAUCCAGUUUUUUUUCCGCAGUGUUCUGAGAAAGAGAGAAUGAGGAGAGGGGGGUAGGGAAGGAGAGAGGACAGGAGCGGGAAGCAGCAUUAGAAAAGGGAAAUUGAAGCGGAGCCGGAGUGGUCGAAAACGAGGAGCUCGGAGGGAGGAGCCGUGCUGGUAUACGGCGCAUUGAUUGAUGGCCCACAUGUCCAGGAAAAGGCUCACGGGGCAGAGAGGGCAGUGUGCUGGGAAAAAAACACACACAAAACACAAAUUAAACAACAAAUUUAAAGAGAAAUGUCAGAAAUCAGUCAAAUAAUCUGUUAAAUAGUGAGAUUGUGGUUGGAUUUGUAGAUUUAAAUCAACUUCACGCUGCGUAAUUCAGUUUAUUCAGAUUAUUUCAAGGUUUUUUUGAGUAGUUUUUAAUGCGUUUUUCUUAUUUCAAGCUGAAUUAUUUCGCACAAAACGCAUAGUCCGUCGGUAGAUUUUUAAAAAUAAAAAUGUGUAAAUAAUUAGCAGUUAAAGUUUACCAUUUUUAAGUCGUUUCGCUAACACAAACAAACAGUUUUGAAUUUUUUUACAUUUUUUUUAGACGCAGUUAAAUAUAAUUUCGCCUCAAAAGUCUUUAAAAACUACCAAUUAUGAUAAAGAUCCGCUAUGUAACUUUUCUAUUAAAGGCUCUGCUACUCGCUUAUCCCCACAGAAACAUCGCUCUGCCUUUAAUUUCCCGCAGUGUAGCAUUAAAUUGAUCGAUCUUACGUUUAUUCACUUGCGGGUGUUUUUAAAAAUACCUCAAAAACUCGCAUUCUUUCUUUGAGCAGGUUCGCCUCUCCGCAGACCUGACGCGUAACUGGAACGAUGGCGUCGCCUGCGUGUCUCCAUGGCGAUCGAUAAAUGUGUUUAAUGUCAUACUGUGGAACAUCCCAGGGAAAGCAAUAGCCAGGCGUGUCACGAUAACGCGUUUUGAAUUUCGAUGUAAAUAUGGACGAUAAACGGUAAUAUCGAAACCGUUUUACGUCACUAAACAACAAUUUAAACCAUAAAAACUUUUUGAAAUCUACAAAAUCAUAAAUAAACUGCAGAAUGAAACAGUUUAGUGGUUUAAUUCAACAUUUUACGGUUUAAAUCUUAUCGUUUCGCCAAAAAAAUAACCAAAAAUGACCCUAGUCGUGCAAAAAAAAAAAAAAGCCGAUACGAUAAAUACUGACCCCCAAAAAUAUCGUUUCGGCUUUUACAAACUGAACGAUAAGUCGAUAUUUAGUGAUUAUCGUGUUGUGCGUUGGGUCCGUUGACGAUAACAACGCAAAAAUUAAAAAAAACCUGGCUGGCUGUUAGCGCAAACUCCUCCUCGACUUCUCCGGAUCAAACCCAUCUCUCCGGACGUCCUCGUAGAAAUAAGACUGGAAGUAACGCCUCUUUUACGCCGCCAAGUGAAUAUACUGUUUUUAUUUCGUCCAAAUGAUCUUUGUUAGCAUUAGCCCUAAGUCUUAACGAUUUAACUUUUAACGUUCUAUCUCAACAGUGUCUUUUUGAAUGUGGAGUUUUUUUGUUGUUUUUUUGUGGUUGACGCCGGUUAAACAAAAGCUGAGCGGUUUCAACGGACGACGUACGCGCGGGUUUGUUUAUCGAGGAUUUUGCAAAGUUGACGGCCAUUUUGAUUGUAAUCGGGUGAACGUGAUGACGAUAACGUGUUUUGGAAGACGUCAUUGGUCCGAUUGUGUUUUUGUUUUUUUUAGACAAAUUGUGGUCUUUCAAAACCGAUAUGUUGUAAUUCGUUAUCGUUAAUUCCCGUACGAUCUUAUAAUUUGAGUCUUUCGAGACGCAUAGACUGUGUAUAAACGAACAUAGCUAACCUGCUAGCCGCCUUUCUACGUAAAAAAACUGUCUUAAAAUGUUCGUAUUAACCCUCUACAUGAUCCUGGGGUUUUUAUUUCACUAUUUUAUUUGUAAAUCAAGAUAUGAACAUUAAUAUCAGACAAAUCAGGCGCCUUCUUUCCCAAAGGUCACUCCGGCUAGCGUUAGCAACAGGUUUGAUUGACAGCGUUGCUAAGUGCCCGCUCCCUGAUUUAAAAAAAAGGUGUUAAGGGGCUUUACCUUCAACAGCCUCGCUCCAGAUUGGCUCUUUGGUUGCUAUGAUACCCGGGAGUCGAAUUCCAAAUACGGAAGUCGACUCCAAAUUAGCCGCUACAACUGCUAGCCUCGGUUAGCUUCAUUUGGAGCUGAAGCUGUGGGGACGUCGCACUCGCUCAGUCACUUCUUUAUACAGUCUCUAUAAUUUAUUGAUAUGUUUUGCCGAUGAAUAACUUGGGAAAAUUCCAUUGUGUUUGGAUAAAUAUCGGGAAUGUUCGUCAUCAGCCAGUUACAAAAUGAAUUCAAAUUCUUUCAAAAAUAUCUCCUUUUGUCCAACUUGUGCCGUACGAUCUGUUGACGUUCCAAAAUUAAAGUUCUUAAUCUUUGUAAUUUGUACCUUUUUAAAAAUAACGACGCGAACUUUUCACGUUUAGAUACGGAUUUUAAAAACAGAAGCAAAAACGUCUUAAUCUUGUAAAAAAAUUAUGUAAAGAAGCAACAUGGCGGCAGCGUGUUUAGCUUCUGUAGUUUAUGCUAACCUUCAUUUUGAAAGGGAAUGAUCAAAAACGUGCGUUCAAAAAGGUUGUGGGUUCAAAUCCCAUUUUCGUUCAAUACAAAAUGUGUUUUUUUAUCUAAAUGGCCAUUGUUUGGGACGUAAAAAAAAAAAAGUACUUCUCAAAAUCCUGGAUACACAAAGACGUUUUUUUUUAUUAAAGAUCCAUAUUACAUUAUUGUCUGUUCUGUGUUCUGAUGUUUCCUCGUCACAAACAGACCUGGAGUUGUUUUGUUUCACUCACAAACGCUACAUAGUUCUUCUCUCAAACUGAAAACGCCCAGUUCCACCUUGUGAUGUCAUCGUGUGGUGAUACAGGAAGUGCUCCGCUGUGUUUUUAAACUCCACACGCCUUCAUUUAUAGAAUCAUUUGGAUUUAAUUUCAGCUUCUGGACUUGCCGAUUUCUACUGAACGAAAGGUAAAAUGGAUCUGUUAGCGUGAAAACUAGCACUUUGUGACAUCACGAGGUGGAACGGAGCGUUUUGAGCUUCGGAGAUGUUACAGAUUAAUAAUAAAGUGCGACUCAAACGUGUGAGAAUGAAACAAAACACAACUCCAGGUGUGUUUUUGAGGAGAAAACGACAGUCUAACAGUCCAUUUUGCGUAAUAUCGGACCUUUAAAACCUGUGAUUUUCUCUUACGCCAUUUCGUGACCUGGACUUGACGGAAAAUCGUGCUUUUGUUUGUGUUGUGUAUGUUCUCAUUUUAACCUGUGAGUAUAUCGUAGAGGAGCUAGCAUUUUGGUGUGAUGAUUUGUAACGUUUUUGGUCAGAUUUUUUGAAAUGCUUUUUUGUUUUUUUUGACCUCGUGUUUGUAAGUCCUUUAUGUCUUUCAUAAAGACGCCCGGCAAAAAAAAUACAAGCUGAAAAAUAAAUCUCAAAUGAAAAAAAACAAAAACAGAAAAUAAAUGAAAAAGGAACGUUGCACAUAUUUAUAUUUCUAAAGUAUUUCAAUAAUUUAUAUUAAAGAGCACUAUUUUUACAAAAGUCA